CUUGACUCUUGGACGCACUGGUAUAUUUAAUGCACCACUGUCAAUGCCUUCCAACAGAAUGACUUUUUUCGGGAUUUUGUGUUUUUUGUUCCUCUACUUGGCAAGGGAAGCCGAGAGUAUUCGAUGCAGUUCGUGUCUUUUGCUCACAUCCAACAACAAAGACAUACAGAACGCCAUGGCUUCUGCAUUCAGUCGUGUUUUCAACUCUAAGUGCGCAGACGAUAAUGCUGCGGGUGUCAAUGAAAUACAGUGUCCGGGCUCUUGCGAACAUGUGUCCUCCAACGUUGGACUCCAGAGAGAUGGAGGUCCACCAAUAACACUUACACUUCACAUGCGCCGGUGCAACGCUCUACAAAGCCUGGAUGUCGGUUGUCAAGCACUGACCAUGGAGGAAGACGAGAAAAAGGUCCAAGGUUACUUGGGAGCCAUAUUGGGGACUGUGCCUCGUUUUACCAGUGUCCAGGGACGUUAUUGUUUGUGUAAUUCGGAUGGAUGCAAUGCAAACACCAGGAAUCUUCCUGUAAUGGCCCCAGUCCCCGUCACCCAGUGUUACAAGUGCCAGUGGAGGCAGUUCCGGAGUAGUGACCCGGCAAUGGAACAGAUGCUGAAUGCUGGGGUGGCCAAUCAGAUUCAGGCAUCCUGCAAGAAUUCCCAGUAUGCCCCUAUGAUUAGUUGCCGCGGUUCCUGUGGCAUCACAAAUUCUACAGUUUACAUGUCCUCGAGAAACGGGCGGUUUAUGCAGGUAGAAACCAUAGAAAGAGAUUGUGUAUCCGUGCGAACAACCAGCCAGUGUGUGGAUGGAACUCCUGUAGACAAGGAUGGAAACCUCUUUCAGCAACUGCAACAGCACACGGGCUUCCAGAACAUCAAAGUACAGAACCAAGCUUGUACCUGUAGUGGAAAUGGCUGCAAUGGUGAAGGGACCGAGUCCCUUGUCAGCUCCACCAAGACCAGGGAGGUACCUAUUAGAUAUACGCCAGUUAGAGGCUCUGGGAACAGAUCACCAGGUGGUCCUGGCCCGCAACCACCAGUGAACCCCGGUAUACAGUCAGUGAACAGACCUGCUGGCAGACCGCCAAUGUACGGCCCCGCUGUGAGACCUCCAGUGUAUGCCGGCGGACCGCCAGUGUACGGACCUGCUGGCAACGUUAACCCGCCAGUGUAUGCCGGCAGACCGCAGACGCACGGCCCUGCUGGCAGACCGCCAAUGAAUGCUGGCAAUCUGCCAGUGUACUAAGAUACAUCACCAAUGAUGGACCGUGUUGUUCAUCAGGACACGCUUUUUAAUUCAUACCUUUGA